AUGAGUCCAUGCGGCAUGAAUAUUUUCCGCCUAAGCAAUGACCUAGAAGGAAUUGCCCCAAUAAAAGUACAAGUUAUUCUAGGCCUAGGGAGUGGCCUAUUUGGUCUAUUUUACAGCGGGAUUUUUCACUUUAGAAAUAUUCCUGUUGUAAAAGCCCUUUUAAUUCUACUGUGUACAUUCGGGUUAUUUAGUCUAUAUUUAUAUAUGCUUAAAUUAUAUACAUAUAAUACACUGGAUACAGUAAUAUUCCUACUAGCAACCCAUGCAAGAGCCUUAAAGGCCAUUAUAUCUGCAACAGAUUCAGCUAAAACACUAGAACAAGCAACAAUCAAAGGAAAUUCCAAUCAGAAACAAAAAAUCAAAAAGUCUUCAGUUUUUUUAUCACAAGAAAAUUCUCUACUGAAGAUGUUUUUUUUACCAAAAAAAGUCCAAAAUAUAAUUCCCUUUGAUAGAACAUUUGAAGAGUACAUAUUUAGACUGCUUAUCCUGGCUAAUAUACAUAUAUUAUAUAAAUUACCGUAUAGUAAUAUGUAUAUAUUAUCUAAGGGAAUAAUAUUAGUCUUAUUUUCAUACAGUAUACGAUAUAUUGAGCAUAUUCUAACAGGAAAUACACCACCAGGUAUAUUAACCACAGAUGCACACCAGAUAUACACAUGGUUCUUAUAUAUGGUAUUUCUAACUGAAUUUUAUACAAUGUAA